AUGGCGCCUCGCUCCUACUCCAAGACCUACAAGGUCCCUAGAAGACCAUUCGAGUCUGCUCGUCUGGACUCCGAAUUGAAGCUCGUCGGAGAGUAUGGUCUUCGCAACAAGCGUGAGGUCUGGCGUGUCCAGCUCACCCUGUCCAAGAUCCGUCGUGCUGCUCGUCAACUGCUCACCCUCGAUGAGAAGGACCCCAAGCGCCUCUUCGAAGGUAACGCCCUCAUUCGCCGUCUCGUCCGUGUCGGUGUCCUCGAUGAGUCCCGCAUGAAGCUCGAUUACGUGUUGGCCCUGAAGAUUGAGGAUUUCUUGGAGCGUCGUCUGCAGACUUGUGUCUACAAGCUCGGUCUCGCCAAGUCCAUCCAUCACGCUCGUGUCCUCAUCCGCCAGAGACACAUCCGUGUUGGCAAGCAGAUCGUGAACGUCCCAUCUUUCGUUGUCCGUCUCGACUCGCAAAAGCACAUCGAUUUCGCCCUCAGCUCGCCGUUCGGUGGUGGACGUCCUGGUCGUGUUCGCAGGAAGAAGGCCAAGGCUUCCGAGAAGAAGGAUGAUGGUGGAGAUGAUGAGGAAGAUGAAGAGUAG